GCCGGGCCGCGGGGCGGCGCGCAGAGCCGGCGAGGAGCAGCGGCCAUGACGGCGGAGAAGGCGCUGCCCCUGGGCGACGCGAAGGCGGCCGAGGAGGCGCGGGAGACCCAGGCGCUCGGCGGCGGCGGGGACGAGCGGGACCACACGCGAGACAAGGCGGUCCACGAGCGCGGCCACUGGAACAACAAGGUGGAGUUCGUGCUGAGCGUGGCCGGGGAGAUCAUCGGGCUGGGCAACGUGUGGCGCUUCCCCUACCUGUGCUACAAGAACGGCGGAGGGGCAUUCCUGAUUCCCUAUGUGGUAUUUUUUAUUUGCUGUGGAAUUCCAGUUUUUUUCCUGGAAACAGCUCUGGGGCAAUUCACAAGUGAAGGUGGCAUUACUUGUUGGAGGAAAGUCUGCCCUUUAUUUGAAGGCAUUGGCUACGCAACGCAAGUGAUCGAGGCCCAUCUGAAUGUGUAUUACAUCAUCAUCCUGGCCUGGGCCAUCUUCUACCUGAGCAACUGCUUUACCACCGAGCUCCCCUGGGCCACGUGUGGGCACGAAUGGAACACAGAGAAAUGUGUGGAGUUCCAGAAGCUGAACGCGAGCAACUACAGCCAUGUGUCCCUGCAGAACGCCACCUCCCCGGUCAUGGAGUUUUGGGAGCGCCACGUGCUGGCCAUCUCCGACGGGAUCGAGCACAUUGGGAGCCUCCGCUGGGAGCUGGCCUUGUGUCUCCUGGCAGCCUGGACCAUCUGCUACUUCUGCAUCUGGAAGGGCACCAAGUCAACAGGAAAGGUUGUGUAUGUCACUGCGACCUUCCCCUAUGUCAUGCUUCUCAUCCUUCUGAUCCGAGGGAUCACUUUGCCGGGGGCUGCUGAAGGCAUCAAGUUCUACCUGUACCCUGACAUCUCCCGGCUCUCUGACCCACAGGUGUGGGUGGAUGCCGGGACCCAGAUCUUCUUCUCCUAUGCCAUCUGCCUGGGCUGCCUGACUGCCCUGGGGAGCUACAACAACUACAACAACAACUGCUACAGGGACUGCAUCAUGCUCUGUUGCCUGAACAGCGGCACCAGCUUCGUGGCCGGCUUUGCCAUCUUCUCGGUCUUGGGCUUCAUGGCUUAUGAGCAGGGCGUGCCCAUCGCCGAGGUGGCCGAGUCUGGCCCUGGCCUGGCCUUCAUCGCCUACCCCAAGGCCGUCACCAUGAUGCCUCUGUCCCCGCUGUGGGCAACCCUGUUCUUCAUGAUGCUCAUCUUCCUGGGUCUGGACAGCCAGUUUGUGUGCGUGGAAAGCCUGGUGACAGCCGUGGUGGACAUGUACCCCAAGGUCUUCCGGAGGGGCUACCGGCGGGAGCUGCUCAUCCUGGCGCUGUCUGUGGUCUCCUUCUUCCUGGGCCUCGUGAUGCUGACGGAGGGUGGCAUGUACAUCUUCCAGCUCUUCGACUCCUAUGCCGCCAGCGGGAUGUGCCUGCUCUUUGUGGCCAUCUUUGAGUGCGUGUGUAUCGGCUGGGUGUAUGGAAGCAACCGGUUCUAUGACAACAUUGAAGACAUGAUUGGCUACCAGCCACUGUCACUCAUUAAGUGGUGCUGGAAGGUGGUGACCCCUGGGAUCUGUGCGGGCAUCUUCAUCUUCUUCCUUGUCAAGUAUAAGCCACUCAAGUACAACAAUGUCUACACCUACCCUGCCUGGGGCUAUGGCAUCGGCUGGCUCAUGGCACUGUCCUCCAUGCUGUGCAUUCCACUCUGGAUCUGCAUUCAGCUGUGGCGGAUGGAAGGCACGCUCCCCGAGCUCCAGAGCAGAAAUGGUAUAGUGGAAGGGCCUAGCAGAGGAAAGCUGCUCACCUCAUGCCAUCCAGGAAGCAGAGAAAGAAGGAAGGAGCUGAGGAGAAGAAUACUCCCUUCAGGUCACUCCCCCAGUGACUGGCCUCCACCUAGCCCCCACCUCCAAACAGCACAUUCAGUCAUGAACCCCUCAAUGGAUAAAUUCACUGAUGAGUAUAGCACCUCACAAUCCAAUCACCCUUCAAACACAUGAGACUUUGGGGGAGUAUUUUAGAUCUAAACCAUUGCAUCCCACCCGAACCCUUAAAUAGUUCAUAUAUAUCUCAUUAUGCAAAAUACAUUUAGUCCAUCCCUAAGAACUGCCAAAAUCCUAACAAUUCCAGCAUCGCUGAAAAGUCCAAGUCCAAAGUCUCCCCUGAGACUCAAGACAAACUCUUAUCUAUGAGCCCCUAUGAAAAGCAAAAAGAAAAUUAAAUACUUCCAACAUACAGUGACAUGGGGUGAUGAUUCCCAACCCCAAAGGGAGGACUAUGGAAAUAGAAAGAAAAAAUAAAUAAAUAAAAAUAAAUAAAAAAGAAAAAAAAAAGAAAUAGAAAGAAAUUGGACCAAAGCAAGACUGAAACCCAGCAGGACAAACAUUAAAUCCUAUAGCUCCAUGUCCACUAUCUGGGGCAGUUUAUGGUGAGAUAUGAGGCCCAAAGGGCUUGGGUGGCACUUCUGUGGUUUCCUCAACAGACAUUCCACAGUCCUGGCAUCUUCAGCUUCUUAGCAUCACAAGUUCAUACACUGCCCUCUCAGUGGCACAUUGCUCAGUGCCCCCAGGGCUCUCUCUGAAAUCUGGGUAGAAGCUACCAUGACCCCAUAGCUCUUGCAUUCUGUGUGCUUGUAAAACCAGCACCACAUGGAUGAUGCCAAAGUCUGCUCUGACUUGAGCAGUAGCCAGGGCCCAUUGCAUCAUGGCCACAGAGGUCUCCUAGUACCUGGGUGGCUGAGAAAUGUGAAAUGAAUGCACAGGAACCAGUUCCCUAGGCAACUCUUCUUAAGCAUGGAGACUGGGGACUCUUCUCAAAUGAAAACUUAACAAUUCUAUACCCUUGAACCUGUGAAGGGUGGGAUUUUUUUUGAUUCCUGAGAUGCCUCCAAGCCAUCUUUCCUAUUAUCCUGAUGCAAAGUAUUUGGCUUCUUUCUAAUGCUUAUCUUCUCAGCAACCAUGCUUUCCAAGGCCCCAACAUUGUAAGCACUUCCUUUCUGAUGAAACUGCAAACUUUUUACAUCUGGUUUUUGUUCCUGAUUCUUACUAUGGGUCUGGGUAAAAGCAGCUAACAGUACCCAUGCCACUGCCUGAAUGUUGGGCUGCCUUGACAUUUUCUCCACAAGAUUACUCUACUGCUCUUAACCUUAGUCUACCACAAAGUCCCCAAACAUAAAUAAAAUGCAGACACAUUUUCUGCCAGAGUAUAACACACAUGGCCUCUAGUCCAAUAUGCCAAUAUAGUCCUUAUGUCCAACUGAAACAUCCUGAGCCUGGCCUUUACUGUCUGCAUUCCUGUCAGAAUCUGAUUUUCUGAGCUCUGACCAAAAUCUCCCAUCAAUCUCUGCUUACUCUGAUUGCACAGCAUUCUAAGACUUCUCUAGCUGGCAUCUCCAACAAAUCUUUUCAAAUUCUUGCUGCAAACCGAAGACUUCUGAGUCACUAUGUAGCCCAGGCUGGCCUCAAACUCCCUGAGAUCCUCCUGCCUCAGCCUCCCAAGUGCUGGGAUUACAGGUGUGCACCACCACACCCAGCUUUGUAUUAGUCACUUUCUUGUCAUUGGAACACAAUACCCAACACUCACAAUGUAAAGGAGAGAGUUAAUUUGACUCACAGCUUCCAAUGGGUUCAGCCCAUGGUUGGCUGGCUCCAAAGCAGAAAUGCAUGGUGGAAGGGCAUGGCAGAGGAAAGCAGAGAGAGAGAGAGAGAGAGAGAGACAGAGAGAGAGACAGAGAGAGAGACAGAGACAGGCUGAUAUCUCCAUGAGUAGAAGGGAGGAGCUGGGGAUAGGAAUAUACCCUUUCAGGUCACACCCCAGGGACUUGCCAGCAACCAGGCCCUACUCCUCUAACAGCACAUUCAGCUACUGAAUUCAUCAGUGAAUCCACUGGUGAGUAUAGCACCCCCAUGACCCAAUCAUCUUCCAAAAGCUCCAACUCUGAACACAAGAGGCUUUGGGGAACUUUUUUUUUUUUUUUGGUACUGGGAAUCAAACUCAGGACCUUCCACUUCUGAGGCAGGUGGCGGCAUCACUGAGCUAAAUCCCUGGCCCGGGGGACAUUUUUUAUCCAAACUAUGACACUUGGCUCACAUGGCUAGCCAAUGGCCCAACAGCAAUUCAAACCCCGGCUUCUUAGCUCCUGCCAGAGAGCAGGGACCAGGUAGUGGGUCCUGAUUCCAGUUCUCGGGUUCUAAUCACCUGCUUGAGACCACCUAGGAGGCCAUGCACUUCUAUACACCCUCAUCUCCUUGCUACUCACUAGCACAAGGAACAGGGACCUCUAUUGUCCCUAUUCCCCAGGGCAGGAAACAGAGGCCCAUGGAGGCCAGUGGAUCACCCAGGACAGAGCACUAUGGCAGAGCCAGGACCUGGGCCUCAGUCUGAUAGAUGCACCGCACCGAGGCACCCACCUGUGUGCUGGCAAGGCCAAGGCUGACCCCCAGGCCCUGGCAGCUCCCUGAGGCAGCUCUUCUCCUCC